AAGUGCUUCAGUUGAAUUUGUGACUUGCUGCAGUGCGAACGUCCAUUGCGGAAAAGUCGGGAAAAUUUGGAAAAAUCACUCGCGACUACAAUACUCGCGCAACGACUGUGUGAUAACAACACGACGACGGCGACAGCAACGACGGGCUGGACGAAUUAAAGAAUAAACGCAAACGCGACUCGCGUGUGCAAGCGUAUGCCUUUAAGUGGGGCGCACAACAAUGCGAAAGUGGAUAUCGAUGGUGAAUUGGUGCAAUGGAUUGAAAAUUUAAUGGAAUGCCAACAGACGGCGGCGUGUGAAAAUGCGUUGUAAUGCGCGCGAGUGAAAGUGUGCGGAAAAUGAUAGCGGAUUAGUUGCGUUGUUUGUACGGCAAGCGAAAAAGGAUUUAAUUGCAAAGUAAAUUUAAAGACGUGCCGCGAAUAAUUAAGUGAGCGUGCUGUGAAAGUGGAAGGAAAGUGAAAACAUUUUAUUAGAAUUAAACUUGAAUUUCAUUCAUAGAAUUCGGCUCAUUCGCGAAGCAUAAUAAUAAUAUUUAAUCAUUUUGAAGUUCGAAAAACAUAAGUAAAUUUUUCAUUUUAAGUGCUAAACUAAAGUAGCGUUAACUAUAGUAACAUAAAACGUUGUAGUUAGUCAAAAAUAAACAACAAAUAAAUAAAAUCGCUAUAUUUUAAGUGUUCGUAUUAAAGUACGUAUGCCUAGUUAUUUGGUACAUGUAAAUAUAUUACAUAUUUGAAAAUUUGAAAAUGUAAUGUAAAAAUUUAAAUUAACUUCUUCUCAUAGAAAUAAAAAAAAUAUUUACAAAAUCAAAACAAAAAAAAUUAUUUUCGAAAAAGAAAUUUAAAAAUCAUAACAAAGUAUUUUUAAACUUCCCACUAUAUAAAUUAACAUAAAUUUAUUAACGUUUUCGUAGUAAAAUUACAAAAAUAGCAAAUACAAUAUUUGUUUAAAUAUUCAUAAUCCGUUUAACGCGUGAUUACUUCAUAAAAAAGCUGAACUAUUGUUCCAUAGUGCUUUAAUUAUAAUAACAAAGGAAAUGAAAUAUUUCCUCAUUGGCAUAUUCGGCUACUUUUUACGGUUUUCUUAUUAAGAUAUAUGGGUUUCGCUCAACGCGUUUAAGUUCUGAAAACAGCUGGAUAGAUUUGGUAUAACUUUCAACAUUCAGACCAUGAAAAUCCGGAAUAAUUUUGAUACUUCUGGGGAUAAUCCUGUAUUUGCAAAAAUUUUACCGCUGUGAAAACUAAUACCACGCCGCAAGAAACCAAAUCUGAUAACAAAGAAGCGCAUGCUGUUUUAUAAUUAAAUCCUUAACUGCAGUUUAUAAUAGAAUUUAAUGCAACGUGUGCAGGCAACAACAAAAACUCAGUUCAACCACAGCAGCAAUCACAAAGCACAGCACAUCAUCUGUGAAGCUUCCACAAAUAUAGAAAAUUAAAUGACAUCAACAUAAUAAUGGCUACGAAUGAAACCCAGACGAUUUACUGUGGCAGUGGACUUGAUAAUUUUCACACCAGCUACAAAAUCUGGCAUGGCUACAUCUCGCUCAUCGUCUGCAUACUCGGCACCGUGGCGAACACACUCAACAUCAUCGUGUUGACGCGCAAAGAGAUGCGCUCACCCACCAAUGCCAUACUCACUGGACUCGCAGUGGCCGACCUCGCCGUUAUGAUCGAGUAUAUACCCUAUACGACACACGACUACAUACUCGCCGAGCGGUUGACACGCGAACAACGCUUGAGCUACAGUUGGGCUUGUUUCAUAAAAUUCCACUCGAUAUUCGCACAAGUGUUGCACACGAUUAGCAUCUGGCUGACCAUCACACUGGCGGUGUGGCGCUACAUAGCCGUUGGCUAUCCGCAGAAGAAUAGCAUUUGGUGUGGCAUGCGCACCACCAUUUUCACCAUCAUCACGGCGUACAUCGUUUGUAUAUUGGUGGUGUCGCCAUCGUUCUACUUAGUUUCGGCCAUUGUAGAGUUUCUCGAAACCAUCGAUGAGCAUGGCAAAAUCAUAUACUCGGAACCGCUGACACAGUUCAUAAUCGAUUAUCUAAACGAGAUGGCAAAUCACACGCAGCAACAGCAGCACAUGCAGUUGCAGGCACAGGUUACAGCAUCCGCUUUGGCCUCGGCCGGCAAUGCGUCCGCCACAAAUGCGAGCGCUUUGGCAGCAACAACAUUAGCCGCUGCAUGGAAUGCAAGUGAUAUAAUGUCGAUAGCGACUACAACAGCCAGCACACCCAUCACCACCACGACUACUACGUUGGCCGCCACAACUACAUCACCGUGGCAGCAGCCACAUCACAACAUCACCGUCUACAAGUUGUAUCACAGCGAUUUGGCGCUGCACAACAAAUCGCUGCGCAACUCUACCUUCCUCAUCUACAGUGUGCUCAUCAAGCUGAUACCCUGCAUUGCGCUGACGAUACUAUCGGUGCGUCUGAUAGUGGCGCUGUUGGAGGCCAAGCGACGACGCAAAAUGCUCACCAGCAAUGCGGCGAACGGCAUGAAGCCCAUCGUCAAUGGCAAAGUAUUGGAGCAGCAGCGACCGCGCAAAAACAGCAAAACACUGGAGAAGGAGAAGCAAACGGAUCGCACGACGCGCAUGUUGUUGGCGGUUUUGUUGCUCUUUCUCAUUACCGAAUUCCCGCAGGGCAUUAUGGGACUGCUGAACACCAUGCUGGGCGAUGCCUUCCUCAUGCAAUGCUACUUGAAGCUGAGUGACAUCAUGGACAUACUGGCGCUACUCAAUUCCAGCAUCAAUUUCAUACUCUACUGUUCGAUGAGCCGUCAAUUCCGCACCACAUUCACCAAGCUCUUCCGCCCGAAGUUCCUCGACAAGUGGCUGCCGGUCGCGCAAGACGACGACGGCGGCAACGGCGCCAAUGGUCGGUUGCGCGGCGAAUUGGCUAGCAAAUCGCACGCCGUCGAACAGCAGUGCCUGACCACGCAGGUGACGAACGUGUAG